AUGCUGCAUCCUCGGACACCUCGACUUCUUGCACUGCUCCUCCUCCUCAUCCUUCCAUACACACACAGCCGCUGCUACUUUCAGGCCAAAGCACUGUGCCGCCAUGCUGGGAAGAGCUACGGAUUGGGGGAAUCAUGGCUUGGCAAGGACUGUCAACUCUGUACGUGUCUGCACCCGGUGGGAGUCGGAUGCUGUGAGAUAACACAGCACCCCAUCGACUUCCCAUCGUGGUGUGAAGCUCGCUAUGACCCUCAGACCUGUCACAUCUCUGUCGUUCAGAAGGCCAAUCCUAGCCUUCCAUGUGUGCACAGCGCAGACUACGAAUGGGGCUCAGCCGGGACCCCGGAACCCACUCCAGAGUCCAUCUACCCCACCCAACUCGGCAGAUAG